CACCCUCUCUCUCUCCACGUUGGAGAACUGGCCAAAAAUGGACCUCUCUGUCUCUCUCCUCCGUUAAACAGACUGUGACGCUGCAAAAAUCCUUUUUUAUGAUUUUAUCUCUUUCUUUUUGGGGGAGAGAGUAAGAGACUAUACACACUUUACCUUUCUCAUUGAUUAGAUUACAAUUCUUUACCUCCAUGAAAAAGGCGCUGUAGUCUUCUCCAUUGCUUCACCUUAAAAGUGAAUUUGCCGUUUCAGCUCAGAUCUUCGAGUUCUUUUGAUUUCUUUUUGUAAGUGUUCGUGUAAGCUCUUUUUUUUUUCUUUUUCUUUCUUCUGUUAAAUCUCCGGAUUAAGAUGUUUUUAUUUUCCGAUUUGAUCCCGGGAUUUCAGUUAUUGUAGGUGGGUUUCUUUAAUUUUAGAAUAGUUUGUCUUUUUUAAUCAUUUUGGACCGAAUUUAUGUGGUGGUAGAUCAGAGUCAAGUGUUGUAUUAUGUCUUUUGCGUAAUCGGUUGGGGUGUUGGCUCUAUCUCGUUUCUGCUUGUAUUUCUUGUCGUUGUUGCCUGAGUGAGUUGAGAAUUGAUAUUAUUGUUGGAGCUCGAGUUUUGUUUUGAGUUCUGGGUGGGUUUGUGGAGUCCCAUUUAGGAAUUUAGUAUAAUUCAUGAUUCCUAGGGUUUGUUUGUGCUCAUUUCCAUUAAUGGUUCUUUUGAUUUCUUAUCUGGAUCAAUCUUUUAGGUGAUUUCAGUUUGUGGGAAUCCAUGUUCGUAAGCAGAGUAUAAAGAUUUUGACUAUCGGAUUCUUUAUUCUUGGUUAUUUCUUUUUUUUUUUUUCUCAUUUUGUUAAAAAAUUGGCUUGGUGGGUUUCUUCUGCUCAUGGAUUAUGGUGGAGAAGCUGGGUUCUCCGGUGGAAAUGUUGGCCAGAUAAUACCAGAAAUCCCUGGCAGCGGUGGUGUCGACAAUUGGAUUCCAGGUUUAAACGACCAGGCGAUUUGGGCAACGGAGGAUGAUUAUGGGGUUUGGAAUGGAGAUGCCUCUGCUGACACUCCGUCUAACUCGAAUUAUGAUGGGAGACAGUCCCAAACUCGAUCUGGGAGUGAACCUCCCAACAAGAAAUCUAGGAACUCACAAGUAGGAGAUUCCCAGGGAAGUGGAUUCAGUAGAGAUCGUGAUUUACCCUCUUCUAAUAGAUCCAAAGCCAUUGGGAAGAUGUUCUUUAAAACCAAAUUAUGUUGCAAAUUUCGUGCUGGGACCUGUCCUUACAUUACUAAUUGCAACUUUGCUCAUGGAAUUGAAGAACUUCGCAAGCCUCCUCCCAAUUGGCAAGAGAUUGUAGCUGCCCAAGACGAGGACAGGGGUGUCUCUUCAGAACCAAGGGAGGAACACCAGAUUCCAUCUCUUAGCUCCUCUGGUUUGGGUGGGGAGACACAAAGGUCUUAUAAAGGGCGGCACUGCAAGAAGUUCUACACUGAUGAGGGAUGCCCAUAUGGAGAUAAUUGCACUUUCCUUCAUGAUGAACAGUCAAAAGCCCGGGAAAGUGUAGCAAUAAGUUUGGGCCCCACGAUUGGGAGUGGGUAUGGUAAUAGUGGGAAUGGACCAAACCAGAAGCCUUCAAACUGGAAGACAAGGAUUUGCAACAAGUGGGAGAUGACAGGCUAUUGCCCUUUUGGAAGCAAAUGCCAUUUUGCUCAUGGUCUAGGAGAAUUACACAGAUAUGGUGGAGGGCUUGUGGAGGUGGAGGGUAGAGAUUCUUCUUCAGCUCCUCCAGACUCAAAGCAGGUUGCGGUGGCAUCAAAGACUCAAACAGAUACUGUGGUUGCAUCUAUGGCCUCAGUUCCACAUUCAGAUGUGUACAUGGGGAUUCCACCUCAAAGGACUUCAGUUUUAAAUCAGAGGCCAGGGCAGAGGCCUCUUCAGAAGUGGAAAGGCCCAGACAAGAUCAGCAGGAUAUAUGGUGAUUGGAUUGAUGACAAUGAAUGAGAACCAGGUGCAUAAUUUGAUGUGUAUUGUUCUGAAUCACUGAAUGACUGAAACUUCACACAAAAAACAAUUGUCUAGGUUAAAUGCUGAGAGCUGAGUGCCCUAUUUUGAGUUUUGGAAUGGAGAAUUGUAGAUCUGAUCCAUUGGGACACCAUGACUGCUGCUGCUUCAAGUGACCUUAAGGAGGGUUUUUUUGCUUAAUAUUAAGAUACAUUCCUCUGGUAGAGGCCACAGUUGCUGAAACCCAAGCUACUAUAUUUCAGUUGGAAGUUUCACUUUCAGAUUUGGGUUUCUGGAGUUGAAUGUGAAUUGGUGAUAGCCUUUGUCAUCCAGAUAUAACAUCUUUACCCCUGUACUAAAAGUUUAUAUUUUAAUAUCCUACUUUUGUAAUCUCCAUGUAUGGUUUGAGAGGAAAUUAUAAUUUUCUUUUGACUAA